UGCAGCUUGUGCCAAAACCGAUAUUUCGAUAACUACGCUAUGGAGGAAUUUUUGAAGACGUUGUUUGUUUGAUUUUCUGCUCAAACUAGCUUUUCUUUCUACUGCUGCGUAAAUGCUGCCUUUCGUACGAAUUUAUUCUGGAUAUUGACAGAGCAGAUGGCUCUGCAGGUAACAGUAAAUGGAAAGUUCGGGGCCAACUUGAGGAGGCCCGUCAGCCGACUGGACGAUCCGGAGCGGGUGCGCAAAGAUCUCGAGAGUCAGCGUCGCAUAACCCGUUUGCAGCAGGUGCGUGAGAAGUAACACCUGGCACGCCACAUCCGCGAGGAGGUGGCCGCUGAGAAAAAGCGUCAAAUCGACAAACUAGAGCAGGUCAAGCAAAAGGAACUAAAUGCGUGGCGUGAGCAUGUUUUGGUCAAAAAGCACCAGGACUACCGCUCGGCCAUUUUCCAGGUGGGCGCCGCCCAUCGUGCCGCAAGGGAGGAAAACCAGCGCAUCGAGCAGCAGAAACAGGAGAGAAUCGAGAAAAUCAAAAAAUGCCGCAAGCAGGCCUUGAAAAGAUCGGGAAAAACCAGUGUGGAGUUAAGAGCCACAAACGGAAUGAAUCUGAAUUCGGAGGGACGUGCGACGGCAGGCACACAAACGCCCUUGGUGGAGGACAAGGAAAAUCGACUGGCCAGCGGAUGCCAUAAACCCUGCUGCAAGGGUAAGCGUAAAAGAACUGCCAGCUGCAGUUGUGCCACCACAGACGAGGAGGAGGAGGAAGGGGAAUCCUCCCAGGACGACUCAUCCAUCCUCAUCAGCGAGAGUCCCAUCAGCAACCGGCGUCUCCAGAAGACCCCCGUAAUCCUUGACGUGGAAAUCAAUGAAACCAUUUCCGAAACCCACAAAAACCCUGAAGGUUUGGAUAUCAACGAUCGUUCAUUCAACAACCGCAAAUUUAGCCAUGUGGUGAGACCUAGUGAGUGUGGUGAGGAACCCCAGCGUCGGCCGAGAUUCACCCAGAUCAGCGAUUUGGUAAGGAGAACCGAGACUACUACUACCAUACGAAAUGAUCCAGGACAAAGGGAUACAGAUCAUAUCCCAUCAGUAUCUCCACCUCCUAGUCCCACCAAAUCUUUGCCAAGAUCUCCCAGAAAAAAUAUAGACCGUGCGGAGACUGUGCCCGCUGCAGCUCCCAGAAAAUCACCCAUUAAAGCAGCCAAAGGAUCACCCAAGAAAACAACAACAUCAUCACGCAAACGACCAGAAUUAAAAUCAAAUCUAGCUCCUGCCAAGGUUAUAGAUGCGGGACUUCGAAGGACUCAAAGGGCUAAGACCCCAGCAACUCUGCCUAAAGUCACAGCCAUUCAGGAGCCAGCACCAGAGCCUCCGCGGAACCUACAACCCAUUCCAGAGCAAAACAUGCCACCCAUGCCAAAUCCAACUAUGUCCCAUUGUUAUCCUGUGCCUCAGCCUCAGCCAUAUAUGCACCCAUAUUCCCAACAGCCUAUGCAACCAUAUGCAAUGCCAUAUUCAAUGCCAUUUCCCAUGCAACCACCAUAUCAACAAACUCAUCUGUUUGCACCACAGCAAAUGAUGCCAAACCAGCCAGCUGUACAUGUUCCCGCUGUGACUGCUCCGCCGAGCACUGCCACCCAGUCGACCGUCUCCACAACCACUUUUGUCAUGUCCACGCGGCAGGAUCCCAAGGGAACUCAAGGCACCUCUGGACGCGUUCAGUUUUACGAUCAUGGCAAUAAGUAUCAUCGAACAUAUGAUGCUCCAACACAAACUGUUCAGUGCAAUGAGAAGGAUGCAGGCCAACUGACUGCAAUGGAUCAUGCUCGCAUCGAAAAUCAACUGAGGGAACUGCGGGAACAAGAACUUGACAAACUCAGAAAAAUCAGCAACGAUCGUGGUCAGAAGGCUUUGGAACGCGAGCAAGUGCGGCGGGAUUGUGCAGAAUUGACAGAGAAACUGGAUGCUCUAACCCAACAGCAGCCACAACUCUUGCCUAGCGAUGCCAACAUUAUACCAAGUCAUCGGUUCGCGGAUGUGGCUGCCAGGCGAGAGCAGAAAAUGAACGAGGCCAUGGAACAGAUGCUGCUACGACCGGCUAUAAUCACCUGCCCCGAAGUGCGCACCAAACAUCCUACAAACUCGGCUCGCAGCAAAUCCACCGCUCCAGCAGCACUCAAUGUGGGCGAACCUCCUGUUCAAAUGGGUCGGGAUAACCUGGGCAGCACAGAGAGCUGCUGCUCCAUCCUUCUCGACUAUGUUGAUGAUCAAAGCAAGCAGCUAAGGUCUGACCUUAAGGCCGAGCAGUCCAACUCUCUGAAGUCAAUGAGGUUGCGAAGUUUGCUUGAGCGCAUCGAAAAGAUCCGAAUCCAGCUGUUGGAGGAGCUGAAGGCGGGUGAGGCAGUCGGAUCGAGUGACAAUGCCCAGGAGAUGAUCGAUAAUAUACGUCAAGAGCGAGCGGAUAUUCUAUCCGAGAGAACUAAGACGCUGAACGAACGUGAAUCAGAUCUGCAGCAAAAGGAGGCUAUUCUCGAGCAGCGCCUAAGGAAGUUUUAUAAGGAAACGAAAAGUAAAAAGUCCAGUGAAGGAGAUCAGGCAAAGCCAUCCUCAAGGGACGACGGGCCACUGGAGAUUAUUAUCAAAGUGAAGAGCGACGGCACUGUAAAGCAAUAUGUACCGAGGGGUAAAUCGAAAGCCAAAUCAAAACCGGCAACCAUCGAAAAUGAAAAGGAAGUUCCCGUUGUAACAGAAAGCACGCCCCGCGAGGAAGCUGAGAAGCAGCCAGAAAAGGUAAACGGAAAGCGACCCUUGUCACAAGAUCAUCGUCAGAUAUCAAUAGAUUCCAACUCCACCGCCUAUCGCAGUUUGCCGCCAGUAAGCUACAAAGCUUCACCGGGAGUGGGUUCCAUGCCUUCUCCUCCGACGGCUCCUGCAGCCGAAACAUUGCAUCCGUUGGUUAUUCAAUAUAUAAAUCGCCUGCUUGUGACCCGUCACAGCAUAGAUGAAAUGGGUGUGAGCUCUUCAUACGUUGCCACACCUUCAACAUCGAUCAUCAACUCAUCGAGAAACGUAACGCCUUGCGUCCAGGCUGAAACAGAAAAAACUGAUGGAACUCAGGAUGAUGAGACUGCAAUCAAUGAACAACGCAUAGAACGAGUGCAGACUUUCAUUGCCGACAAUCGCAGCUUUAUCAAUGAUUUGCAGGACUCUAUACGAUGUCAGCAGCAGUUGCAGAAGGAGCAGCAAUCGCAGGACAAAGAGAAAAGUGUGCGAGCAUUUGAUCAGAUAUGGAACAAGCGAUUGGCCAAGAAUCUUGAAGAUUGUCAGCCAAAUAGGAAGGAGCAAGAGCAAAUAAGACAAAUGAUGCAGGGACAAAGGGAAAAGGCGCCCACUCAGGGAGAUAAGGUUAGGCAGCAGCGACAGGCAACAAACGACAAAGUGCAACAACAAAGAGAUCAAAAAGGAAAGAAACGGGUCAGUGGCAAAAGCACAUCACGCUUUGUGGCCGAGAAAACGAAAUCGCAGUCUACUAGCGAAGAGUCAUCUGCCCGGAAUAUGGAGCGAUACGCGCAGCUCACCGAGAACUGCACACAGCGGAUUGCCGAGCUCACGGAUCUGAUCACCAAGGUGCGCGAGGAGAAGCAGCGACUGGUGGAGGUCACACUCACAUCGAACAGCGAUGGCGAGCGUCAAUCCACAGAGUAUUUUGAGCUCCCAACUGGACAGCAACAAACCAGAUGCCGAACCAUGUCCGAUCGCAGCGAUUCCCAAACGCCUUCCAUAUCGGAGGCGUUGCCCCUGCAGAAGAAUAAACCCACAGCAGCCAGCAGGGAUAGUGGCAUCGCGGACUCGCGUCCAAUAACGGCCCAGGGACAGGUUAAUGUGGACGUUGAACCAAUCUCGUUGAAUUCCUCAACGCAGGGCAAUACAGCACGCGGCCGAGUAACUCCUCCGGCCACAAUUCGGCGGUACAGUCCUCAACUGAAUGCCGAGGAUCUGGCGCACGAGCUGUCCACGAUCACAGAAGUGGAAACGCCGGGACAAUCACAUAUUGUGGCCGCCACACCAGUGCCCAAGCCCUUUCCCAGUUUUGAUCAGUAUGCCAGGGAACUCCAGUUGGAUCUGGCGGGGUUGGAUGCGGACCAAAGCCAGCGCCUGCAGAGUGAAUUUAAUGAGUUGAUCCAUAGUAUUAAUCAGCGCACUGAAGGAGCCGACUACCGUGAGUUUCCUAGCAUAAAUGCCUAUCUCCAUAACAUGACUAGCACCCGCAUCCACCUGGAGAUAGGUCAGGACGCCACCCUGUCACCGGGAGAACUGAUGCGCCAACUGCGUGUGGUCAAUGAUAAUAUACAGGACUUCCCAAAACGCAGAGAGUACUUGCAGAAACUGAGCAAGCAACCCGCCGAUCAGAGGGAACUGAUUGACAGUGCCAGUAUCGAGCAGGAUUCUUCGGAUUCCUUUAACGUAGAGCAAGAACUGCGUCAGCGAAAUAUACUGAGGAACUCAUUUCGACGGGGUAAUGCGACUGACACCACAUUGACAGGUCAGGAGGUGGCCAGCAGCACGCGGCGGGAAAGCGUUGGCCCCGUAAGAAACGAUCCACCCAACGAGAGUGGAAUUGAUCCUCUCUCCGGCAGCAACUUUUCCAGCGAUGGCGAGCGUAGAGCUCAGUGCUGGCAUGCCACCAUGCAUCAGAGGCAACAGCAGGCGGAUGAAUUAUGCAGCAGCACCACCACAUCGUCGCCGGAACGGCCUUCACGAAAAUCGAGGCUUCGUGGAGGUCAGGAGCGCAGUUACAGGUCCAGGGACGACUCCUCGGUGCAGGAUGCGAGUCAGAUAGGAAGAUCCCUGAAUCUAAGAGAAUUCCUCACUCGGGAGCUUCUCAAACACCAAGUGCACAAUGGCGAGACUUCAGAGAGUUCGGAUGAGUCGUAGGGUCAUUUCCUCAAGUCCGUCCUACAUUCACUCUCGCCCAGCAGUAAUACGCAAACACCAGGCGUGGGUCUAAGCCAUGCCACCGGAGCCACCAACGACAGACAAAAGACCUCCACUCCAGUGGGUUCGUUUCUCUCCAUUCCAGAGAAAUCCGGGUCCGUUCACAGCAAUGGCACCCAACUAUUCUCCGGGGAGAGUCACAUCUCUCUGGUAAACUAUCCAGAUGGCACUCCACCCAUUCCUUAUGAACAAAAAAGUAAACAGAGUACAAAUCAAACUCGCCAAUCCUCAGGUCAAAUAGUAUCAGGUGUAAAGACAUCCCAUCGAAAGUCACCUCGAAAAUGAUUGCAUACAUGUUGUUCAACUCGUUUGUUUAGGUUUUAAAUUGUAUAAUUGAUUUUUAUGACAAUUAUUUAUAUUUUAAUAAACUUUGCAAUUAUGUAUCCAAAAAUGACCAUCAAAAACGAUCGCAUCAAAUUUGCUCAAUAUGUAUGUUAGGCUUUAAAUUAUAUUACCAAUUUUUAUGAAAUUUUUUAUAUUUUAAUAAACUCGGCAAAUAUUUAUUUAGUAUC